AUGGAAGAUCCAAAACAGCUGCCAACCACUGCUAUGGCCAUUAACACUUGCAUACCAGAAUCGUAUUUGGUAAUAUUUUAUGACUCCGAUUGGAAUCCAACUGUAGAUCAGCAAGCUAUGGAUCGCGCACAUCGUUUAGGUCAAACAAAGCAAGUGACAGUUUACCGCUUGAUCUGUAAAGGUUCCAUCGAAGAGCGAAUACUGCAAAGAGCACGCGAGAAGAGUGAGAUACAACGUAUGGUUAUAAGUGGCGGCAACUUUAAACCAGAUACUCUUAAACCCAAGGAAGUGGUUUCAUUGCUUUUAGAUGACGCGGAAAUAGAACUCAAAUAUCGGCAAAAGAUUGAACCAAAUGAUGGAACUUCCGUAAAUAAUAAAGACUUGAAUAACAUUGAUAAGAAGAUGCGGGGAACUAAAAAAGAAACCUUAACUGGUGGUGUAACUAUACCUGCAACUCCCACACAGGACGAUGACUCUUCGCAACUCAUUUCUGAUAAACGUGUCAAAAUAGAUAAUCAAAUAUAUGAAGACGAUACAGCAACUUCAAAUUCAAGUCCCUCGAGCAACACUGCAACUACUGCUAUCAAUGAACCCUACGUACCAGGAGCAACAACUAUAUUGCCAGGCAAUGAUUCCGACAAUGAAAACUUUAUUGUGGAUUGUGAAAGUCCAAUGUAUGGCGCUGAUUCUCCAACAACAACAUUGGUUUUGUGUUUCAAUUCUUAA